UUUAUCUCUAAUAGGAUGACUGUUUCCAGUUGUCAGAAAAUAGUAAAUUGGGGUUUUUGUUUGUUUUUCCAGUUUCCCUCCUUACUAAUGCUGAAGACUCCCGUGUCAAAGUUAACAUUUUUACUCUUUUCACAGCUUGAAGUGGGUUGAUGCUUUUUUUUUUUUUUUCUCCACUCACUGGUUAAAGAUAAAUGUAGCAAGGAUGGGAAAAACUGAGCUGUUUCAGUUCCACAAGCCUAUCCCCAUGUUUUAGCCACUUUGUAGGUUCUGGCUAUCAGGAGAUACUGGGGAUGAGAAAUCUCCCCACCCCCCGCCCCCGUGGAGCUUGCAGUGAUUUGCUAACGAUGUUUUUGAAAUGAUAGUGUAAAAGUAAGCCAUAGUUAUGCAUAUCAGGUAGUUAGCAACUGUUUCAUGCAAAUGUCAAAUUUCAAAAUCAGUAUUUACUGAAAACCAUUGUUUAGUUGAAUUUCUUCCCUUGAAAUGAGCCACAUGUCUCCUCUUCUUCACUCUGCUUUCCCUGGGAACUAUGGUUCUCAGUUCCAACCUCCUUUUCACGUUCAUUUUUGAAGUCCUAAAAUCAAACACAAGCUGGCAUUCAGUACAUACAGUUACAUCUCCGUUGGUGUCGUGUUAUUUCCCACUUAAAGAGACACCGUAUGAAAUAUGUAUAUUAUAAAUAAAAUCAUAAUUAAGUAGCUACUCCUUCUUUGAGACCACUAACUCAAUUAGCGCAAACUUCAUUUGUAAUAUGUGAAAAGGAGUUAAGUGGAAAUUAGUUUUGGAUUCAAAGAAAAGCCAUGCAAUAAAUUUAUCCUGGUCGCGGACAUUCAUCUUCCCAUCACGAACAUUCCUUCCACCACCAGAUCAUUAACAUUCUCUCUCAAACACUACAUCUACCAGGUGCUCAAAUGAAAAACCUGAUAGCUCCCUGGCUCACCCUCUAACCUUUCCCUGAAUCAGUUGCUAGGUCUUGUGUAUUCUACCUGUCAAAACUACUCUCUGUCUCCAUCAUUAACACCUGGACUAGCCUGUGAAUUGGUCUCCCUACCCCCACAGUUGCUGCCUUCAAUUCAUUCUCCUAUAGACCGUCAUUAGUCAAGAAUUGCAAGCAAUGCAUGUAUUACGAAGGGAUGUUUGGAGAACUAUGGAAGCCCAUAGUGAUAAAACCCCAAGCACAGAAGUUCGGGAUUAAGGGGGGUUUGGCUGCAGAGCCAGAGGAAUAUCAUAUAUUUUUGCCUUGAUCUUGAUAGUUUCUGAAUUGGAGGGGAAAUGCUGUUGGGGGUUUUGUUUUGUUUGAGUCUCCUUAAAGAGGUGCCAUUGUGACUGGUCUUCCAACCACUUUGCAUACCGCAUUGUAUGGAAAUGACUGUGUAACCUUAGGGAAAUCUCUUUAUUUCCCUGGGCCUUGGUUUCCCCAAUGGGAACAUUAUUAGUAGAAUCAGAUCAUCUCUUUGGUCCUUCCAAUUCCAAAAUUCUGUGAUUUUUUUUUUUUAGGCAUGAAUUAUAGCCAGAAAAGUGGUGUUAAAAGGCAGACAGCACUCCAGUGGAGAUUAAGUUACUGCUCUGGUUCACAGGCCUAGAUUUGUUUCCCAAAACCUUCAACACCUACAGACUCCUGCUUGUCAAGAUAAAACCUUCCCUGCCUAAUAGGAAGUCCCGUGAAGGAGCUACCAAGUCUGUCUGGACUGUUGUAUCCCCAGGGCCAAGUACACGAUGGAUACUCAAUGUUUAUUGGUUUGAAUGCAGAAGAUAAAUUCGUAUUUUAAUGAAGUGGUUUUCAACUCUGUGCCAUCUAAGAAACAUUUUAAGUUCUCCUCCAGGCUGCUCCAUUAACCAAGUAUUUAUAUUGUCUUUGCAUUGCCUGUAAUUAGUUGUUUUGGUGUUUAUCUUUCCUCCUAGACUUUAUUUCAGGGCAAGAAUUCUUAUUCCUGCUUGUGUCCCCAGCAUGUUCAGCCCAUAACAAGGAGCCAGCACUCUUUCAGUGAGGCACAUUAAUAGUGAAGACAAGCUUUGCACUUUAGAGACUGUAUGAGAAAAUACAUGCAGUAACCACUAGAUAAAAGAAGGUGAAUCUUUUCCAAAUACCCAGAAUAAACCAUCUCGUAAUAUAAGAAAAUAGUUUGAGGUUCAAAAACUCAAGAAUGUAAGCAAAAAUCCUUAUGAAACAGUUUGUUUCCUUUCUUUUAGUAUAUGCAAAUAUGAUCCCACCCAAACUUUUAUGGAGAGCAGUGAAAGGGUCUAUUUACAGCCUAGGAAAAAAAUUUUUUUUAAUUCAGUUAGGAAAGGAAUCUCCUAACUCAAACCCAUACUAAACUCCAUUCUUCCUACCCACUAAAGAAGAAAAAAAUUCCCUCAUGUCUGUACUGAAUCUCCAAGUGAUACACUAUAUAUAUUGGACCUACUUACUAAACAAUUAAUUGCCUGGAAUAACGACACUCGAAAAGGGUCACUCACCCAGGUAAUACAAGGUUUUUUUCUCUUCAGGGCAUGAGUAGGCAAGAGAGUGAAUUAAAUUUGUUUAAAACUGUUGGUUGAAAACAGAUCUGGCAAACUUCUGGUGGUUGUUUAAAGAACUUUGUUUAUUUCUACUGGUCAGUAAAGCUCUAUGAGGCCACAUGCAAAAAUUCGGUCCUCUGUUUAAUAGUAGGAAAUCCUCCUGCGGUCUUGACAUGACUUUAUCUGCUCCUUGGAAGGAGAUUUCUGUGCAAAGACUUCUCUUUUCCUUCACUCUUCCUGAAAGGCUUUCAGGAAAAGCACAUUUAAAACCAAAGUUUUAUUCCUAAGUAGGUCUUUUAGUAGGUGUUUAGCCUUCCUACGAUACAACUAGUUUUUUUAAGGUAAAAAAAAAAAAACACAUUAUUUUCUUGGAUAUUAUAAUCAUUUGGGUUGAAUUUUUGUACCUGGAGGCAAAUCAUAGCAUAAAUUAUAUUUCCUCACUCAUUUUAAGGCAAGUUUCAUUAAAAGCCAUGCUGUGUUAUACUAGAUUGUACUACCUGGAAAUAGACACUGUCUUUAGUUUUUUACCAGCUACAGUGUUUUCAUUGUUAAACAAGUAUUUGUUAAUUUUGAAUUGCCAAAGUAAAGACACCCAAGUACUGUUCUGCUGAAAGUUUAUGUGAAAGAAAAGGGGGAGGGGCUCCUAAAGUUACUUUGUAAGGUUCUUAAUAUCCAAAUAAUACCCCAGACUCUGGCUAAGAGAUUAGGUGACCUCUCUAAGCAUAUAUACUCCUUCCUACCUUAUAGGAUUGCAUGAAGAUCAAUUAAAAUAAUGUAUGGAAAGGGCCUAGUGGCAUAGUAGCUACUCAGUACAUUUAUCUCUUCAUCUUUGUCAUCCUUAGUGCCACAAUAGCAUUUAGCACAUAGAAUUGCUUAAUAAAUGUGGUUGAAUGGCACUGCUGAAUCCAUUAGUCUAGAAGACACAGGCAUAACAGGUACACAGUUGCAUACAAUGUGAACAAGUGCCAUCAGGGAAGUACCAUUUACGGGGCAGCAUGAACUAAGAAGAAACCCUAAGCCAGCCAGGGGAAAUCCUACAGGCCUUAGAAGGAGUGUACCAGUAGAGCUGAGACUUGAGGAAGGAGUAGGGUUUUGCCAGGGAGAUCAGAUGGGCUAGGGAGUAUAAGGAAGACAAGUGACACAUGGGUCAGAGUAAGAAUAUACAGGAGAGCAUGUCCUUUUCCCCUAGUAGCAGUGGAGUUAGAAUAGAAGGCUGCGAAGGUAGUAGGCAGAGAUCAGAUGAUAAAGAACUUUCAUGCCAUUAAUGACUUUUCAUGAAAGCAACAGUUGUUGAAGUUUAUUCAUUCAACAAAUGAUUAUUGACUGGCUACUGUGUGCUAGGCACUGAAGAAUGAAAACAUUCCUGCCCUAUAGAAUUUACAUUCCAGUGGAUAUACAAUCAAAACGAAGACCUCGCAAGUCAUUAUAAUAACUUUGGCUUAGAAUCGUAGUGAGAUUGAAAACCACUGGAAGGUUUUCAGUGGAAGAGCAACGUUAUCUGACUUACUCCAGCUGUUGAGAAUAAACUGGACAAUGGCAAAUGCUGGGAUAUAAUUGAUUGCGAUUUGGGCAAGAGAUAGUGAUGUUUAAAGCAAAUGGUGGUCAUAGCAGUGGAAUGGUAAAAUGUCAGAUUCUGGAUAAUUUGAAGGUAGAACGAAUAGGAUUUGCUGAUAGCCUGGAGGUGCUAUUUGAGGGUAACCUGAGCAAAAGAAAGGAGUUGCCAUUUACUGAGUCAGCCAAGACUACAGACAAGUGUUGCACCUGUUGAGUUUGAGUUUGAGAUGCCUAUUAGACAUCCAGUGGAGAUGUUGUCUCCCAGACACUUAUGUAUACAAACCUGGAGUUCAGGAGAAUGGUCCUAAUUGGAUCUAUGAAUUUGGGAGUUCUCAGCGUAGAUGGGAUUUAAAGCCAAGCUGUGAAUGAAAUUUGGCAAGAUCACCAAGGAAGUGAGGAGAGGAGAGGGCAAAGGACAGAGCCCUGGGGCACUGCAGUAUUUACAGGUUACAAGAAGGAGAAGGAAACUGACCUGUAGAGCAGCCAGAAAGGAGAAAGAAAAACCAGGAGAGUGCUGUCAUGGAAGCCAAGUGAAGAAAGGGUCUCCGAGCAGGGGGGAUCCCCAGCUGUGCCAGAUGUGGGGGCAAGGGCAGGUAGAGUGAAGACCUUAGCAAUGUGAUGUCACUGGUGACCUUGGCAAGAGCAGCGGGAGUGGGUUCAAGAAGAGAAAUUGAGCACAGAAGUAUUGGCACUUGUGAGUUUUCCUGUAAAAGGAAGGGAAGAAAUGAGAAGUAUUUGGAGGAAUAAGUGGAAUCAAGAGUUUUAAAGAAACUAGAAACAGUGGUAUGUUUGCUGAUGGAAAGAUCCAGUAGAGAGGAAAACCUUAACAAUGUAUGAGAAGGAAGGAGAGCGACGCUUUUAAGAGACUUCAGUGCCCAGAACAGAAACGGUUCAUCCAUGGUUACAGGAGAGAAGGUAGGGAUUUGGGCAUAGAUAGAAGUAGAUGGGUAAAUGUGGUGGAACUUGGCUAAUGUUUUCUCUGAAUGCUCUACUUUCUCAGUGGCGUAGGAAGUGAAGAGAACAUGAUUUGAGAGUGAGGAUGGAGAAGGAGACACUAGAGGCUUGAGAAGAGACCGUAUGAAUUGCCUGGGAGGGUGAGAAAGACUAGUGAAUAAGGAAAUAUAGUGAAGAUGUUAAGAUUAGCUAGGCAGCAAAAUGAAGGUACAGAGUCAGACUAAGCAAGAAGGCUGUUGCAGUGGUCUGAAUGAGAUUCAAUGAGCUUCUGAAUCAGGUGCUGUGUUGUUGGAGUUACUAGCGUUUAGGUAGUAGUUGAGGCUGCAGGUGUGGAUGAAAUUGCCCAAAGACAGCAGAGUGACGGUAGCAGUGGAUAGAGGCCACAGGAAAACAAGACCAAAACCACAAAGGCACCUCCAGGGCAAGAGAAGGAGAAGCCAAGAGAAGAAGGGCACAUAGGGGAGAUUAGGUAGGGCUUAUACGUGCCAUCUCUGUUGGCUACCUGGGAGGUUGUUGUUUCGGUAAAGGAGUAGGGCAGACCUCCUUCCAGUGUUCGCUGAGGAAUGACUAGAAAUCAGGAGUAUAGAUAAAAGAAAAUGAAGUGGAAGCAGCGGAGUCUAGAAGUCGAAGGGAAGAGAGCCUGAAAGGCCUAGAAAGCUAUUCCUUGCAGAGACAACAGCUUCUGGAAAGGCCUAGAGACAUGGAAGAGCACAGAUAAGGAAUUUGAAGCAGUCUGAUGUGAAAUUUAAAGGUGUAUUUUUGUAAUGUUUGAUUCAUAUAAUAAUUUUUUUAUUCCUUUGUCCUAUAAAGUCGUGAUCAACGUAUAGUUCUCCCUAGGAGGGGGGAAGGAAUGAAGUAUGCCUCUGUUGUGUAUGUCCCUUAGCAACUUUUAAAAAAUACCGAGACCUUUUUACAUGAAAUAGAUUUUGGGAAAAAAAGAUUUUGAUACUGCUCAAGCUCUUGAUAUGGGAAGGUAGGCAGUAUUCUUUUCAAUAAUAUUGUAUUCUUUUCAAUAAUAUUGUCAUAUGUUCCCAUGCUUCUCUGCCAGUCGUAAAGGUUGGGAUGAAAUUGCUUCUUUUCCCUCAUUUGCUUAUUUCAGGAUGUAAGUCAGAAUACAGCAGAAAAUGUCCACUGAACGAACUUCUUGGACAAGUUUGUCCACUAUUCAGAAAAUAGCGCUGGGCCUCGGGAUCCCAGCCAGUGCAACAGUUGCCUAUAUCCUAUACCGCAGGUACAGGGAGAGCAGAGAAGAACGGUUGACAUUUGUUGGGGAGGACGACAUCGAAAUAGAGAUGCGAGUUCCCCAGGAGGCUGUAAAGCUCAUCAUUGGCCGGCAAGGAGCCAAUAUUAAACAGCUGCGGAAACAGACAGGUGCUCGGAUUGAUGUGGACACAGAGGAUGUAGGCGAUGAACGGGUGCUGCUUAUCAGUGGGUUUCCUGUGCAGGUGUGCAAGGCCAAAGCAGCCAUCCAUCAGAUCCUGACAGAGAAUACCCCUGUGUCUGAGCAGCUUUCUGUUCCGCAGAGAUCCGUGGGCAGGAUCAUAGGGAGGGGUGGCGAGACAAUUCGUUCUAUCUGUAAAGCCUCUGGAGCCAAAAUUACCUGUGACAAAGAAUCAGAGGGGACGCUACUACUAUCAAGACUUAUAAAAAUCUCAGGAACACAGAAGGAAGUGGCAGCAGCCAAGCAUUUGAUACUAGAGAAAGUUUCAGAAGAUGAAGAACUUCGGAAGAGAAUUGCUCAUUCUGCAGAAACCAGAGUCCCACGCAAGCAGCCAAUCAGUGUGAGAAGAGAGGAAGCGAUAGAGUCUGGUGGAGCUGGAGAGCCAGCUUUGUGGAAGAGCACUGAUACUGGUGCUGGGCUGGAGCCGGCUACACCACUGAGAGUUCCUCCCCGAAAAGGAAGCGGUGACAUGGCUGUCGAAGGGCCAGAAGUCCCUAGUCCUGACUUCAGCUUCCAUGCCGAUGAGUUCUUGGAAGUCUACGUGUCUGCCUCUGAACACCCUAACCACUUCUGGAUCCAGAUCAUUGGCUCCCGCAGUCUGCAGCUGGAUAAGCUUGUCAGUGAGAUGACCCAGCACUAUGAGAACAGUCUACCUGAAGACUUGACUGUGCAUGUGGGAGACAUUGUAGCAGCACCUCUACCUACAAAUGGCUCCUGGUACCGAGCUCGGGUCCUUGGCACUUUGGAGAAUGGGAACCUGGACCUGUACUUCGUUGACUUUGGAGAUAAUGGCGAUUGCCCACUGAAGGACCUCCGGGCACUCAGGAGUGACUUCCUAAGUCUUCCAUUUCAAGCAAUAGAAUGUAGUCUGGCACGGAUCGCCCCCUCAGGUGAACAGUGGGAAGAGGAAGCUUUGGAUGAGUUUGACAGACUCACUCACUGUGCUGACUGGAAGCCCCUGGUGGCUAAGAUCUCCAGCUAUGUCCAGACUGGGAUCUCAACUUGGCCCAAGAUUUACUUAUAUGAUACUAGCAAUGGGAAGAAACUUGAUAUUGGGUUAGAAUUAGUUCGUAAAGGAUAUGCAGUUGAACUUCCUGAAGACAUGGAAGAAAACAGAGCCAUCCCAGACAUGUUGCACGAUGUGGCCACAGAAACAGAGGUCUCUCUCGGCAGCAUGCUCGCUGAGACCAGGAAGAGCCCUGGAGAAAUAGCAAAUACCCUGUCCUGCCUCAGCUUGUCAGAAGCUGCCUCUGUGUCUGGUGAUGAUAAUCUUGAAGAGGACUACUUACUGUGAAGUCAGCUGACGCCGUCUGCUGUGCCGUGAUUUGGUGCCUGGAGAGAGGAGCCUGUGAUAAAGGGAUCAAUGCAGUCCUUCCUCCAUUACCUACAUGAUCUGGCUUGCUGUGGACCAAAUGCACGCUCUCCUUCUGUUGGACUAUCACAAAGAGUGUGGGGUGGAGAAGAGGACAAGUACAUGUCCCUUCUCCACCUGCCCGACCCCAUCUUCUUCGAGUUUGCUUCCAGGCUGCUCAGCCUCUGGUCCGCUGCUCUCUGCCAGGCGAUUAUUGUAUGCUUCUGCAAGGCUGUGUCCUUUUUGAGGCUGGAAAGCAGCCAGGUUUUGGCCAGUGGAGUGAUGAUUCUGCAGACUUCUGACUCACCUCCUCAGGUGACUCUGUUAAUUAAAGGAGGUUUUUGAGUGGUUAGCUCAAAAGACCGCAGUUGAGUUGGGAGGCACAGGCACAAAUCGGCAUGAUUAUAUUAAAAAGCCUCAGGAAAUGGGAAGAGAACACUGCCUCCCAGCCUCAACUGCUGAAAUGUUAUUGGAGGUAGGUUUUUUGAAACAGUGCUCCAGCUAUUUCCCUGUUAACUUUGGUUAAAAUACAAGUUAGACAAAGAGAGGGCAUUUCAGGAAAUACUCUAAAGUGCUAGUGUAGUAUCUAUAUGUAUACACACACACCCCUCCAUGAAGUGAAAGAGAACUUCCAUAGCCGUUUAAAUCAUUUGGGGGAUUCUUUGAUGAAUAAAGUUCUCAAGAAAGAUCUAAAACUAAAUGUUGGUUGAAUCAAGGUAGAAGCAGGACUAUGGGUCCUGGAAUUUGUCGCACACCUUACGUGGAGGGCCCGUCUUUGAAGCGAGUGUCCAUCCCAUGCACAGAUCCUAUCCUUUCCCUAAAGGUAUUUCAGAAUUAAACAUUCACUAAGAACCAAACCAGUUUAGGUUUGGGCUUUGUGAAUAAGGACCCCACCCAAACUAGGUAUUUGGAAGAGGCCUGGGUUCUGGUAGGUCUCCACUAUGACCUUACUGUAAGCCUUCCGGGAGGCCAUGUCUUCACACACCCCUGCAUCGUGCCAGUAGCAUUCAGCCAGUGAGAGCUGUGAAAGGGACUUGGCAGCAAGUUUAAGUGUGUAGUAAUGCGAGUGGUGGGGUAAUGGCCGAUGAACAGGGAGGGCUUUUUAAGGAUCUGUAAGAUGAACUACAAAACUUAAAACUAGCACAUGAGGAUGCUUUAUGCAGGGUUUUGUUUUUUUAAUCUAGUAAUUAGGCCUACCUAUAUACCGCAUGGGUUUUCCCAUAGCCAAAAUUUUCAAAAUUUAUUUUCUCAGAAAACUCUCAGUACCGUGUGUUAGAGAAAGGCUCCAGUGAAGGAGCCUCUCUGAUGAGUUUGUGGGAUCUUGGAAGAAUCCUUGGAGGGCUGCCAUUGAUUUGACAAGGUUUCGGACCUUGGCUGCAGUGAACUACCGCGGUCCCCCCCUCCCCCCCGAAGCAGGCUCAGCCCUGGGGUUGGCAACUGCUCCACAGCAGGGUCGCGAGGCCCACUAGUCAGUCACCAGGCUCCUUGGCCCCUUGGCCUUCACUCUUAAAGGAGGCCCUGAUGUAAUUCAUUGGUAGAACUUCUUGCUGAGGAAAACAAGCAGUGCCUCAUUCUUAGCCGUGGCUUCUUCCCGUGAGUACAUGUCUGUUCCAUUUAUGUGGCCUUUAUGUCUCAUCAGUUCAUGUCCCAGUUGGAUGGGCUCCAUCACAUCCUGUCCUUGUCUGGAACACCCUCUUCUAUUCCAUUAUUUCUUAUUUUGUCUUUUGAAAUCCUCCCCUUGAGCCAAAGCUGUGGGGUCCAGCUACCUUCUUGGAUUUUCUCCACAUCCAAAGAGAAGGAAUUCAUACUUGCCUCUAAUCCAAUCUGAAAUAUGUGAAGGAAAAACUCCCAACAAGGCUUGUCUUUCUGAAUUCCCUAGUCCCUGGCUUUUGCUCUUGGCAAGUACACAGUUACUGGUUAGAAUAAGUAAAUGGAUUUUGGAGUAGAGGGGAAAGCAAAGGAACCUAAAAUCCUUGGCUCUCUUCCCUCUGAUUUUUCCAUCAUUAAAUGUUUAUUCUAUAGUGAAUUCAGUUCUGUAAGGCUAAUGUUCCACUACAGCCAACCCUGCCUUCCCCCACACCCCCAAGAAAUAGUGAACACUUGAGGAUUGCACUACCCUU